AUGAGAUUCACAGUGGCAACGCCCAAGAUACCCAAGAGGGUGCUCAAGCCAAACGCAGUUUUUGUCAGAUACUCUUCAUCGUCGACAGCUUCUGCCAAUCCCCAAGAAGCACAGAGCGAUUCGGCCACUGAAGCGACUUCUGGGGAGGUCCAAAUGACGUCCCCGGUGCUCUCUAAUCUUCAAACCGUUGAUGCUUCUGGUUUGAAUAUCCCCAAGAAAGAAUCACAGUCAGUCAAGGAAGGCGAGGCUGGAUCCGAGAUUCCAGCAACCGGUACGAGAGUCAAGAAACGGUACCUGAGUAGCCUGCCCAGGGUUCCAUCUACCUCUAACAUCAGCUUCAAUACGCUGAUGAUAGAUGUUCUUAUGAACAACUACAGGCCUCUGUGUACGCCUUUGAAGAAGAACCACUUUCCGGUGGAGUCUGCGUUGUUGAAACGAAAGAAAAAAGCGUCUGUACUGCAGAGUUUAGCUGACUUCAAAAACACUAAGCAGUCUAUAAGAGAGAACGAUUCGGCGCGUUUCAAGAACUACAACCCAUAUUUCACCAAACAGCCACAUCUGGUUCCAUACACCUCCAUCUUCACAAAUACCAUACUUAACACGCAACAACACAACACAGAAAUGUUCAACCUGCCCUUGAGCUAUCUGGAGAAGCUCAAGCCUUUCACUCCUCCGAAAAAACCGGGCGAAGAGUCCUACCGCGACGAUCUGAUCAUUGUGAAGAAUAUCGAGAUGGAGGAACAGGAACUGGUCAAGAAAGCCAGUAGGAAGACUAAGUAUUUGAAGGAUAUAGAGUCUGCAAAGGGAAACGAGGUGAAGAAGAGCAAGCCUAUCAAGAUUGAUGACAUCGAGGAGUAUUUUGGAUUUAAAUGA